CAGCGCAGCCCACGCCCCUCUCACUCCAUUGGGUCACCAGCAAGGGCUGCACGACCCCCCCGCCUGCAGAGUCCAGCCCCGGCUCUGCGCUCCGCAUUCCCCUCGCUCAGGGGCGCGUCCCGCUCGCUGCCUUUGGAGAAGUUUUGCUCCAGCUCCACGUGUGGCAGCAGCUGGAGGCGAGAGGGGCGGUGACAGCAGCCCGGAGCGCUCCCCCCUAGGCAGGUCUCGUCAGCCCAGGUGGCAAGAGAGCGGAGCCAGAGGCUGCAGCCGGAGGAGGGAGGCGAAGCCGGGAGCCUGGAGUGGCUCCGUCCCGUUGGUUCGCAGCGAUUCUCCCCUGCCGGGGAUGCGCCGGGGCUGGUGGCGAGCAGCUGCUGCUUCGGUCUUGCAGACUGUGACCCCCGAUCCCACUGCCAGGGGACUGGCCGGGCGGGGGCCGGCGAUAGGCAGGACCGGGACCUGAGCUCAGGGACUCCGUUAGCGACUCGCCCUCCGCUGGGAGACGGGAUCCGUUCGCGUCGGGGCUGCCCCGCCUGCGGACGAUGCCCCCCUGAAGCAUCCCCCUUAAGAGACCCGGGGGAGGGGGGACACAGCCCUGCGCCCCCUCCCAGCUCCAGGGCAGUGACGAUGCGGCCCGGGGCAGCCCUGCGCCCCCCCGCUCGCUGCUGACUCCGGGGGCGGGGGCCAUGGCGCCUGGCUGGGGGGCCGCCUAGCAUGGCGGGGGGGGGCCGGGCAGAUGCCUCGGGCUAGCAUGGCAGGGAGCGGGCCGCCUGCCCCCGCCGCCUGCCCCGAGCCUCUGCCCCGCAGCGUCUUCAAGAAGUUCCUGCUGAUGCUCAUGUCCCUGCUCAUGUCCCUCUACGUCUUCUACUGCCUCCGAGCGCUGCCCCAGCCUGCCCGGGCCCCUGCUGGCGGCCGCCCCGGAGCAGGCGGCGGGCGGCGGCGGGCGGCUGGAGCCCGGGUCCCCUCGCUGCCCAGCUGGCCGCCGGCGGCCCGGAGGAAGCGGCCGAAGCAGCCGCGGCGGCGGCCCGAGGCGCCCGGGCGAGGCGCGGGGUCGGGCGGCGGCGGGGAGCCCCCGGGCACGCUGGCCCUGCUGCUGGGCGAGGGCAGCAAGCGGCUGCCGCAGGCCAUCAUCGUGGGCGUGAAGAAGGGCGGCACGCGGGCGCUGCUGGAGUUCCUGCGCGUGCACCCCGACGUGCGGGCCGCGGGGGCCGAGCCCCACUUCUUCGACCGCGGCUACGAGCGGGGCUUCGCCUGGUACAGGGAGCUGAUGCCCAGAACCCUGGAUGGGCAGAUCACCAUGGAGAAAACUCCCAGCUACUUUGUCACUAAGGAAGCACCUGCUCGAAUCUCUGCCAUGUCGAAGGGCACCAAGCUCAUCGUGGUGGUGCGAGAUCCCGUGACCCGAGCCAUCUCCGAUUACACGCAGACUCUCUCAAAGAAGCCCGAUAUCCCCACCUUCGAGAGCCUGACCUUCAAAAACAGGACUACAGGCCUGAUCGACACCUCGUGGAGCGCCAUCCAGAUCGGCAUCUACGCCAAGCACCUGGAGAACUGGCUCCUCUACUUCCCCAUUGGGCAGAUCCUCUUCAUCAGCGGGGAGAGGCUGAUCAGCGACCCUGCCGGGGAGCUGGGCAGGGUCCAGGACUUUCUGGGCCUUAAGAGGAUUAUCACAGACAAACACUUCUACUUCAACAAAACCAAGGGCUUCCCCUGCCUGAAGAAAGCUGAAGGCAGCAGCAAACCCCACUGCCUGGGGAAAACGAAAGGCAGGACCCACCCCAGUAUAGACAGAGAGGUGGUGCAGAGACUGCGGGAGUUCUACAGGCCUUUCAACAUGAAGUUCUACCAGAUGACUGGGCACGACUUCGGCUGGGACUGA